UCAACUCCAAUAACAAACAGUUAGAUACGUCUCGACGGAAAGUCAAAGCUUAUGCCCGGGAGGCACAGAAUGCCGAGAAACGAGUCAUGAAUGUUGACCUUCGAGAUACCAUUAACAAACGGAAUUGUCCUAUCACAUUCAGUAUCGAAGAUGCCAAUUUAUUUGCUCAUCCUCAUUCCGACGCUCUUAUUAUAACGGCCCCGAUUGGAGGGGUUCCUGUUCAUCGGAUUUUGGUCGACACAGGAGCUUACUCAAGUAUUUUGAUGCUUCGUACGUUCAAAAAAUUGGGUUUGGACCCCGCAGACAUUAGGCCGUGCAACGACCAAAUUCAAGGUUUCAAUGGAAGCAUUUCUUGUCCUGUCGGUGAAAUACUGCUCCCUAUUCGGUUUGGUGGCUUUGGACCAAAAUCCAAGAUCAUUAUGGAAACCUUCAAAGUCCUGGAUGUCCAGAACGAAUAUAAUGCCGUAAUAGGACGAACCGCCCUUUACAAACUCCGUGCUGCUGUGUCAAUUUUUCAUUAUGCCCUGAAGUUCCCCACCAUUGAAGGAGAAGGCACUCAUUACCGAGAUCAACGAGAAGCCCGAAGUCUGAUGUUGCUCUCAACCUCGCGUAGAUUUUACAUGAUUGAAGAGCAGGAUGCUGAUAACUCCGUUGAGCCAAGUAAUUCAACUUUUGAUGCUGAAAGAACUGAUCAAUUCAUUCCAGAUACCGACAUGCCGCUUACUGAUACCGACAUCCCUAUGACGUCGGUUUUGCCUGAAACAUUAACUAAAGUCCUCGAUCAAGAACCACCUUUUCAUGAGAAAGAUGCAGAAAUGCACGAAGAUAUGAAUCCACGGAUUCAGUUCAAAGAUGGGAAUCGCCAUAAAUUCGGCCCGGAUCGCCAGAAGGCUCUUGAAGAGGAAGUAAAUAAGCUCAUAGACAAUAAAUUUGUCAAAGAAGCCAAGUACCCGACGUGGAUAUCAAAUCUUGUCUUGGUCAAGAAAGCCACCGGCCUUUGGCGUCUGUGCAUAGAUUUUUCAGAUUUGAAUCAAGCAUGCCCGAAAGAUAGCUACCCAAUUCCACACAUUGAUUACAUGGUAGAUGCUACGUCGGGACAUCAACUUAUGAGUUUCUUGGAUGCCUAUUCAGGCUAUAAUCAGAUUCCCAUGCACCCUGAUGACGCCGAACAUACCUCGUUCUACUCAGCUCGAGGCCUCUAUUGCUAUGUCAUGAUGACUUUCGAAUUGAAGAAUGCAGGGGCCACGUAUCAGAGGUUCGUCAAUAAAAUGUUUGCUUGCCUGAUCGGCCACACGAUGGAAGUUUAUGUAGACGACAUGUUAGUGAAGUCGGAACAGGCUUCUGAUCACAUCACUCAUCUUUCCGAGGUCUUUGAUAUACUCCGAGAAUAUUCUAUGGUGCUUAAUCCCAAAAAGUGUACUUUCGGAGUCGGUUCAGGGAAGUUUUUAGGAUACAUGGUGAGCCAGAGAGGGAUCGAGGCCAAUCCCGCUAAGAUUCAAGCUAUACUUGACCUAGCUCCCCCGACAUCUAUCAAGGGCGUCCAAGCUUUAACUGGUCGACUGGCGGCUCUCAAUCGAUUCAUUUCAAAGUCUACAGAUCAUUGCAAGCCAUUUUUUGAUGCUAUCAAAAAGAAGAAAUCGUUUGAGUGGACCAUGGAAUGCCAGAAUGCUUUUGACAACAUCAAAGAAGUUCUCUCACGGUUACCGACAUUGCAGAAGCCACUUCCUGAUGAGCCUCUGUAUUUGUACCUUGGUGUAAGCAACGUUGCUGUUAGCGCUGUUCUUAUACGACAAGACGGGCUUGAACAGCUUCCAGUAUAUUAUGUUAGUAAGGCCUUACAUGACGCUGAAUUGCUGUAUCCGCAUAUGGAAAAGUUAGCCUUCGCUUUGAUCAUCGCUGCGCGAAAGCUGCGUCCAUAUUUUCUGGAACACUCAAUUGUUGUAUUUACGACAUACCCUCUCCGACAAGUCCUUCACCGACCUGACACAUCGGGAAGAAUGAUUAAAUGGGCGAUAGAAUUGGGACAGUUUGAUAUUCAGUACCGACCACGGACCGCUAUCAAAGCUCAAGUAUUAUCUGAUUUCAUUGCUGAAUUUACUCCAGGUGUCAGUGCAUCUAUUGAAGAUCCAACAUGGACUCUUUACGUUGAUGGGUCGUCCACCGCUAUACGGGCUGGAGGAGGGAUUGUCUUAGUUAGUCCUGAUCAACAAGUGUUUUGCUACUCUGUAGCAUUCACCUUCCCGGCCACCAACAACGAAGCCGAGUACGAGGCCCUCUUAUCAGGCCUACGCUUUGAUGAAUCAAUGAACGUCUCGUCCCUUCGAAUACUUUCCGAUUCUCAGUUAUUA